AUGGAGAGUUCAGAUGACAAUUCUGAUUUUACUGAUGAUACAUUUGAAGACAUCGAGGAAGAAAGUUCUGAAAUAUUAUUUCUUUUGCGGAUUUACCUAUUAAGAAAUUCUUUUGUUUCUGGCUAAACAGCAUCAUUGUACUAUAAGUUAUAGCACUCUUUUUCGGCGGUUGAAGAAAUAUGGUUUAAUGAGAAGAGGUGUACCAAACAAGGAUUAAUUUGAAAACACAUUUCUGCAAGUGCAGAGGCGCAUAGCGGAACUUAUUUACAGGCCUGGCUCAUCCAUGGGGUACCGUGCAAUAUGGCAUGCAUUUGAACUAGAGGGGAUUCAUGUCCCUAGAGUAAUUGUUCAAGAUUUGUUAAAGGAAAUGGAUCCUGGCGGAGAAAACUAAGAGCUUCGUUUUCUGCUUAGCUUCGCCACUUUGCGUAGCUUUGAAAGCUUUUCGAAAACAAAACUGGGAUAAAGGGACUUAAACUUUGGAGGUAUAAGAACAGAAAACUGAAGGUGCGGAACUUCGGAAAAGACAUCGUCUAAAAAGACGAGCCUACCACAAUCCUGGCCUCAAUUAUUCAUGGCAUAUUGAUGGUUAUGAUAAACUUAAAUGUUGGGGUUUUCCAAUACACGGAGCGAUUGACAGCUACAGUCGAAGAAUUUUGUGGCUUUGUGUUACUUGUUCCAACAACUCGCCAAAUCAAAUAGCUUCUUUCUAUGCUGGAGUUGUUUUAUAACAAGGUGGUUGUCCAGUACAAUUAGUGACCGAUUUGGGAACUGAAAAUGGAACUGCAGCCGCUUUACAGUCAUAUUUCCAUGAUAACUCCGAGGCUCAUCGAUACGUACCCUCACCAAGAAAUCAACGAAUCGAAGGAUGGUGGGCAUACUAUGCCAGGAGUCACAGCCAGUGCUGGAGGAUUUUUUUCAAAGACUUGGAAUCACAGGGGAUUGUGGGCACAGCUUGUGAAAUAAAUAUGGAGUGUUUAUGGUAUUGUUUUCACAAGUUAUUACAGACUGAGCUAGACUUAGUGAAAGAGCACUGGAAUUCCCAUAGAAUUCGGAAAUCAAGACACAAUACCAUUCCAGGACGACCGGAUUCUCUUUAUUUUUUGCCACAGCUUCAUGGAUCGAGAGAUUAUUUAUUUCAAUUAGCUGCAGCUGAAAUCAGAUUUGCUUCAGAGAACAUAAUUGAAGAUGAAUUAGCAAAUGAUCACCAAGAAUACUUUGAAUAUGUCAGAAAUAAUCUCUCUUUGUCACACCCCGAAGACUGGGAAGAAACAUUGAACAUGUUCAGAAGAUUAAUGAAUAUAGCAGCUAAUGGGGAUGAUUAA